AUGAUACGAGAUUUUUUUUUUUUAAAAAUGUUCAAAAAUGAAUUGCUUAUUAAAUAUACGGAAUUUGUAUACGGAAUCUAUAGAAACGUACAUAAAAUGUAUACAAAACGUAUCCUUUCCGUAUACAUAUUUCUUAUAGGGACAUCUUUGUAUCAAAAAUAUCAAUAA